AUGAAACAAAUAUCGUCAUUGAUUGAUCUUUCAAAUGAUUUAUUCUUUGAAAUAUUUGACUAUCUCGAUGUAUUCGAUUUAUUUCAAGCAUUUUUUGAUUUGAAUCAACGUCUCAAUUCCUUAGUUAUUGACCAACAUAAUUGUUUUCAAGCAAAUAUGACAUCGUUGAAAUUAUAUGAAUUCUCUAUAUAUAGAAAUGUUAUAUUACCGAAAAUUGCUGGUUAUAUUCGUUAUUUAUCUAUAUCAGAUGAAACAAAUUAUUUAAAAAUAAUUCUUCGUUCAAUGUCAUUAACAAACUUGUUAGCUGUUAGAUUAUAUCAUGUUAAAUUAAAUGAGUUAACAUUAAUACUUAAACAUUGCCAAUUAAAAUAUAUUUUUAUUGAUACGAAAUAUAUUCAAAAUGAAAAACAUUUGAAUGACAUAUUUAAUAUUGUCUUUAAUCAACAGUUACAACUAUGUUCAAUGCAAUGUCAUUUCCAUACAAAUCUAAAUUUUCUUCAAGAAAAAAAUAAAUUAAGUAAACUUCGGCGUCUCAUCAUCAAUUGUGAUUGCUCUUCAAGUGAUUUUAUUUAG